AUGGGCGACUGCGGUCGUGGCUUCCCGCGCCUGCUGCUCCUCCUGGCAGCAGCAGCAGCAGCAGCAGCUGGCUGCGGUGUCUUCUGCUUCGCGGUUAACCAGUCUCCUGCUUCUGCUUCCUCAUGCUUCAGCUGCAGCGCUGCGCCCUUCCCCCGCCCCUCGUUUCUCCUGAACAGCGUCUGGCAGCAGCAGCAGAGGAGCAGCAGCAGCAGCAGCAGACGCUGCUGCUGCUGCGGCAGUCAGAAUGCCCCGGUGGCUUUUAUGGUUUCAUUAGGCGCUCCGCGCAGAGGCGGCAGCAGCAGGCUUGCUGCCGUUUCCGCCCAGCAGAAGCAGCAGCAGCGGAAGCAGCAGCAGAAAGAGAUACUGCAGCGCAGGAAGGCAAACCAGGCGAAGCAGCGGGAGCGGCUGCUGCAGCAGAAGGAGCAGCGGCGACAGCAGCGGCAAGAUCGGCAGCAGCAGCGGCAUUUGCAGCAGCGCAAGUUGAGCGGCGCAGUCACUAGGGAGGAGAUCGUCGCUCUGCGGGCGAAGCAGCGGCUGCAGCAGCAGCAGAACCGCAAGAAGCAGCUGCAGCAGCACCUGCUGCUGCUGCAGAAAAAGAGGGAACAGGCGCAGCAGCAGCGGGAGCGGCAGCGGCAGCGCCUGCAGCAGCUGUGCCAGGAAGCCAGAGAGGCCGAGCUGCAGGAGCAGCAGCAAAACUCUUUAGGGAAAGCAACAACGAGGGAGGGCAAAAGCCUCAAGAUUGCUGAGGCCAAGUAUUUGCUGCGGACUUCGCUGCUGCUGCUGCAGCUCAAGACGCGCACCAGCAGCAACAACGGCAGCAGAACAGCUACUGCGGGGCUCACGCAAGACCAGCAGCAGCAAAUGUUCAAAGCGCUGCUCCUCCAGGGCCUUCAUAACUUCGUGCUGCUGAAGAGAGUGAAGAACUCCCUCAUGCGCACCGCCAUCCUGCAGCUGCAGGAAGAGCAGCAGCAGCAGCAGCAGCAGCAGGAGCAGCAGCAAGCGCAGGACGAAGAAAUGUAUGCGCGUCUUUGGGGCCGCUUCGAUGAUCCUCCUUUGAGCGAUGAGGAGAUGCUGGAAGCUUUAGGAGUUGAUCUGCAGCAGCUGCAGCAGCUGCAGCAGCUGCAGCAGCAAGAAGAGGCUGCGAGGCGCGGCGGCAGCAGCAGCAAGAGUAGCAGCAGCGGGAAGAAGAACGCGAAGAAAAAGGAAGGCGGGAAGCCUGCUGAUGCUGCUGUCGCUGCUCCUUCUGCUGCCUCUGCUGCUGAGACCUCCGGUCUUGACUGGGACAACUUGGAGCUGCCGGAGCCAGAAGAAUACCCAGCAGCAAUUGCAGCAGCAGCAGCAGCAGCAGAACUAGCGAAAGCUGCUGUGCCUGUUGCUGGUGCUGCGCGCAGCGUGUCAGAGUCUGCUGCGCUGCUGCUGCCGCAUCUUCAGGGGGAGUCCUUGUACGCGUUUGUGCAUGCAUCAGCAGCAGCAGAAGACCGGCUGGCGGAGGCGUUGCGGCUGCUGCUGCAGCAGGCUGCUGCUGCUGCUGCUGCCAACAAAGAAAGAGCUGAUGAAGCAGCAGGAAGUGACGCCCGCAGAAAACCCAAAGACAAAUACAUUUAUGUCCCGGUGGCUGGGGCCCCUCCUGAGGAGCUGUUUGCUGCUUUGCUGCAGCGGGGCCUUUCUGCUGCUGCUGCAAAGGCAGAAGAUGCGGCCGCUGCAGCAGCAGCAGCUGCUGCUGCUGCUGCCGAAUCAGCAGCAGCAGCAGCGCUCGGCAGCCCGCCUAAACCUGCUGCAGCAACUCUCCCUGCUGUUGCAUUGACCCCAGAAAGACUCAUUCCCCCCCAAAGCAUUUUUCUGCUGGCCGAUUUGCCCAGACGCAAAGAGCUCACCCAAAGGCUCACCGGUCAACUUCUGUCUCCGCCCUUACGCCUCCUCGGGACGCUGCAGGGCUGCUGUACUUCAGUCAGUUUGACGCUGCGGGCCGCGCAGCAGCAGCUGCUGGCGCUUUUGCUGUAUGGCCGCAUGAAAGCGGAGCAGCAGCAGCAGCAGCACCUCGCGCUGCAGCAGCAGCAGCAGCAACACGAAUAG